AUGGGGAAUAUGUUCGCCACCGUUUUCAAGGGCCUGUUUGGCAAGAAGGAGAUGAGGAUCCUGAUGGUGGGACUGGACGCCGCGGGGAAGACCACCAUCCUCUACAAGCUGAAGCUCGGAGAAAUAGUCACUACCAUUCCCACCAUUGGUUUUAACGUGGAGACGGUAGAAUACAAGAACAUCAGUUUCACUGUGUGGGACGUGGGCGGUCAGGACAAAAUCAGGCCGCUGUGGCGCCACUACUUCCAGAACACUCAAGGUCUCAUCUUCGUGGUGGACAGCAACGACCGGGAGCGUGUCAAUGAGGCGCGGGAGGAGCUCUCCCGAAUGUUGUCGGAGGAUGAGCUGCGAGAAGCCGUUCUUCUGGUGUUCGCCAACAAACAGGACCUGCCGAACGCCAUGAACGCGGCGGAGAUCACAGACAAGCUGGGCCUGCACUCCCUGCGCCAGCGCAGCUGGUACAUCCAAGCCACGUGCGCCACCAGCGGCGACGGCCUCUACGAGGGCCUCGACUGGCUCUCCAAUCAGCUCAGGAACCAGAAAUGA